UGGAGAAGACUGCGUGGCAAGAGGCGGUCAGUGAUGGCAUUCUGCCUCUUGAUGACCCUGUCUGCGGUGGCUGUCACCCGCUUACCCCCACAGCAUCCAGCUGCUGGCCCAGACCCUGGUCCCAUGGAGUCCCAGGGGGUAACUGGAACCCCUGCCCCUCAUAUCCAGCAGGUUCUGAGCUCCAGCCAGAGGCAGCGGGCAAGAAACCUGGGCGUCUGGAGAGGCCGGGCUUCACCCAGCAAUGCUGUCUUGGUCUGUGCUGAGGAGCAAGGCCACAGAGGGCGAGUGGACAGAAGCAGGCAGUCCCUGGGAAGGGACAGCAGGCAUCCAAGGAAGGUGAAGAGGGAUAUUACUUCGGCAGGAGAUCCAGGACUCAAUACCCAGCAUUUUAUGCUCCUGAGGGAGGAUGAGAUCAGAAAUCCAGGAGCCAGAGCCCUGGGCCAUACCUGGCAUGGCAGCCCCAUCCAAGAGACACAGAGGGAGAUGGGCACCCUGGUUGACCCUCUCAUGGGGAGCCACAUAGCAGCUUUACGGGCUUGGAAAGCUACUUCUGGGCCGACCCUCCAACUCCAUCCAGCAGAAGGCAGGGAUCUGCCGGGAGCUGAGAAGAGAGCCUUGACUGGUGGGCAACAAGCAGUGGAUCCCACCCUGGCCUCAGGGGCUCAUCAGUGGCCUGGCUCUGUUGGGGAGUUGCAAGGAUCCAUAUGGUGUGACGUUGAGACCCCUGGGCUAUUGACCAGCUCGAGCACUAGUGGGCAGGUUCCCCCAUGGCUCACAGAACACGAUGUGCAGACCCUCCAGCUAUUGGCCCAGGGGGAGGUGGUGGGCAAAGCCAGGGUCCCCGCCCAUGGGCAGGUGCUGCAGGUGGGGUUCUCCACUGAGGGUGCCCUUCAGGAUGUAUCCCCUCCCAGGCUCAGCCAACUCUGCUCCCAGGGGCUCUGCGGCCUGAUCAAGAGGCCUGGGGACCUGCCUGAGGUCCUAUCCUUCCACCUGGACCGUGUGCUGGGGCUGCGCAGGAGCCUACCUGCUGUGGCCCGGCGCUUCCACAGCCCCCUGUUGCCCUACCGCUACACGGACGGUGGCGCAAGGCCUGUCAUCUGGUGGGCACCUGAUGUGCAGCACCUGGGUGACCCAGAGGAGGACCAGAACUCUCUGGCCUUGGGCUGGCUGCAGUACCAGGCCCUGCUGGCACACAGCUGCCACUGGCCUGGCCAGGCCCUGUGCCUGGGCAUCCAACAUGCUGAAUGGGCACGCCUGGCGCUCUUUGACUUCCUGCUGCAGGUCCACGACCGCCUGGAUCGCUACUGCUGUGGCUUCGAGCCUGAGCCCUCAGACCCGUGUGUGCAAGAGAGGCUCCGAGAGAAAUGCCGGAACCCAGCCGAGCUGCGGCUGGUCCACAUCCUGGUCCGGAGCAGCGAUCCAUCUCAUCUGGUCUACAUCGAUAAUGCCGGCAACCUUCAGCACCCUGAGGACAAGCUGAACUUUCGGCUGCUGGAGGGCAUAGAUGGGUUUCCUGAGUCUGCCGUGAAGGUUCUUGCAUCAGGGUGUCUACAGAACUUGCUGCUCAAGUCACUGCAGAUGGACCAGGUGUUCUGGGAAAACCAAGGCAGGGGCCAGAAGCUGAAGCAGGCCCUCCAGACCCUGGAGCGGCGAGGACAGGUCCUGCUGGGACACAUCCGGAAGCACAACCUCACACUCUUCAGGGACGAGGACCCAUGA